GAAUGCGAGUCAGGCGCGUGGAAAAUCGAAUCGGCUAUUCACUAUGACCGCUACUCAUAACACUUUCCGCAAUUGAUGGACUGCCCUGCGCGCCGCUACCCGAUCAACGCAGCUUUGUCCCAAUCCAGUAGAUGUUCUUUCCACUUCGAUGUCUGUGCUACCGUGAAACAGCUGCGGCACCUGUUUGAUCAAGUGACUUUCGGAGAAUACCUGAAACUGGCACUGCACUCUGCACACCUCACUACUGCUGCGCCUCGCUGAGCAGCUCUCUGUGAGCUUGCUUUCAACACCACAGCACGCCGACCACCUUCCUCUGGUCGAAGGAUAGCGGCGCGUGACUCUGUUGCUAUGGCGUUCAUCCCAAGGCAGACUCCGACUCUCUCCGACAACUGAAUCACGAGCAAGCGUGGCAACGAAUCGUGCAGUCAGCGCAAACGCCGCAAAGACAUGCACUCCACUUGCAUGCCUGCCUUCCAGAACACCCACCACAAUGCAAUCAAAGAUAUGGCCCACAGAAUCACCGGCUGGGAAGAGGCAACCCGUUCCAGCGGGAACACCACGCGCAAGCUUCUCCAAGCGCUUCGUCUCACAUUGAUGAAAGUAUAUUGCCAUUGCCCAUCCUCACGCAACCUUGGCGACAGCACAUCCUGUCCACGCUACCACGACUCGGAUCCACUCUCAACACUCGCAUGAGCCCAGUUAGCGUUCAGCAUGGCUUGCUAGGCCUGUAAUUCUUCCAACUCGAAAAGUUGGCCCAUGCAGCUUUUCUUCCAAAUGGCACACCACUGUCAUCCCAGACAUGAUGUGGCCAUUAUUACCUGAAAGCCUGGAAACACGCUUGCUCGACUGAGAAGCACAGAAGAUGGCUGGCACCAGUUCGGUCAUCAGAACUCAAUGCGGACUUCAUCUGAGAUGCGUCUUGACGGCGCCCACUUCUACCGACAAAACUCCAACAUUGCUUGUGAUACCCAGUACAUAAACAAGAUCAGGGCAUCACCGAUCCUUGUCCAGGGAUAUUACUGGUCCACGAUUCGAGACCUGAUAUCAAGACGACGGAAAGGGCGAGACCACUUUCAUCAGUGGCCGCGUGCGCUUUUAACACCAUUGCGCCAUUUCCUGCUUCCAUAUGCCACCACGAUUCAUCGCAACGUUCGCCCAAAAUGAAUCUGCUUGAUCCUAGACACCUGACCUCACAUUUGAAUGUCAAGCCGGGGUAUCGCAGUUUCAAAAUAAGACUCGCAGAGCUGGCUGCUCCCGAGCUUCUCCUCGACAUGGCAACACUCCCAAAGAGUAGCUGAACGAUGACCGCCACCGCAUUGAUUGGUCGAGAGCGGUGUCCAUUCAAUCCGCAAGAAGGUUGUACAACCUACACCGCUGCCUCUUCACUGGAUACCGCUGUGCUGGAUUGGAGCGAGCAUUGCUUUUCAUGGGAAUAUGUUGUCCCAGCAUGCCCACGUUGCGAAGCUGCGUCUGCAUAAAUGGACUGUCGGAGAUUGUGGUGUUGCAUUUGACAUGAAUGAACGCCGACAGCAUGCACCUACUGUACGGCGACGCAUCUGUGAAAGGACAUUAUAUUUGCCGCUCGAUGGGAGGUCGGAGAAGAGCAAUUUGCCCUCGAAUGCCAAUCGCUUCUGAUGAUGAGCUGCAAAAGCAUUUCACGCAGUCAUUCAUUCUGCCCCUGAAC